AUGGCUCAAGAAUCGUUUCUCUCAUUUCUCGGGAUCGAUUUCGCUGAAGAGCUUCGUUUGAAAGAACAUAUCGCUCCAAAUGCAACCGCUUUGAUUGGAAAGACUCCAAUGGUUAUGUUAAGAAAUGUCACGCAUGGAUGUUAUGCAAAAAUCGCCGCAAAGCUCGAAUAUUUGAACCCAGCAUGUUCUGUAAAAGAUCGAAUCGGAUAUGCAAUGGUGACCGCAGCUGAAAAGCAGGGACGGAUAAUUCCUGGGGUGACGACACUGAUCGAGCCAACAUCGGGCAACACUGGAAUAGCGUUGGCCUUCAUUGCGGCUGCUAAAGGAUAUCGACUGAUCUUAACAAUGCCUUCAUCAAUGAGUUUUGAAAGAAGAGUUCUAUUGAAAGCUUAUGGAAGUGAAGUGGUAUUGACGGCCCCGGAAUUGGGGAUGCAAGGAUCAAUCGAUCGAGCUCAAGAACUUCAGGCCAACAUUCCCAACUCCUACAUCCUGCAACAAUUCGAGAAUCCGGCGAAUCCACUCAUUCACUACCAAACGACAGGGCCCGAGAUCUGGGAGCAAACGAAUGGAAAAGUUGAUGCGUGCGUCUUCGGAGUAGGCACUGGUGGAACGAUUACCGGAGUUGGGCAAUUUUUGAAGGAAAAGAACCCCAACAUCAAGAUCUAUGCAGUUGAGCCAGAAGAGGCAGCUGUUCUCUCCGGUCUUCCAUCAGGUCCUCACAAGAUUCAAGGUCUUGGCGCUGGCUUUAUCCCGAAAGUUCUCAACACAAAGAUCUAUGAUGAAAUUAUUACGGUACAUUCUGACGAAGCAGUGAUCAUGAGCAAAAGAUUGGCGUUGGCUGAAGGUCUCCUUUGUGGAAUCUCUUCUGGUGCUAACAUUUGCGCCGCAUUGAGGGUUGCCUCAAAGCCAGAAAUGGAGGGAAAACUGAUCGUAACUGUGUUGCCUUCUUUUGGAGAACGAUAUUUAUCUUCCAAUCUCUACUCGGAUAUGCGAGACCAAGUGAUGACGAUGGGCGUCGAAUCUUUGGAAGAGAAUUUGAGGCAUUUACGGCUACAUGAAUAUCAGGUAAUGGAACCGCUCGAUCCCGAUCUCAUCAACAACCAUCAUCUCCACGAAAACGGGUUCAUCACAUCGGCCAUUGUCGUCAAAGAGGUCCUUCAGCCUUUUCAGCCAGUCUCAUCC